GUGCGAGAGGGUCCUGGCAGAGCCUGGCUGCUGCCCACAUGCUCUCCUGGCCUGUGCCCAGGUUUCUACUGGUGCCCGAGUGGGCUGCCAGCCCCACAUGCCUGGCCCAAGGCUCGGUCCCUGGAGCCCCUGCGCACAUGGGGUGGCCCACUCCCCUGCCCUGUGCUCAUCUUUUGCUUCUGGUCUUCACGGGACACUGGUCCCCUCUGCCCGAGACCGCUCUGGCUGGGACUGAGGAACACUGCCAAGCAACAGGGGGCAGGGGACAGGGCCAAGCAAGGCCCAGCCAUGCUGUGUGCUGCUCACGUCUCUGGAGGCCACAGAUGAGGAGAUGAGAAAUGCUAGAACAGUGGCCCUCGAAAGAGGCCUCUUCUAGAGUGUGCCCUUGAAAUACAGCUUCCAGCCAGAGAUAGCCUGUGCCUUCUUGGAAAGCUCAGCAUUGUAGCUAUUCUAUGCCUCAGUUUCCUCAUCUGGACAGUGGGGCUAACAAUGGCACGCAUCUCCCAGGGCCAUGGUGAGGAUGACAGAGGUCAUGGGUGCAAAGAGCCCUCCAUGGCGGGCGUUGUUUCCAAUGGCAGUCAGCCUGAUGUGGAGGCUUUGGGUGGCAGGGUGUCGUCACAUUGACCUGAGUCACAUCCCUGCUCUGGGGCCUCUGGGCUAUGACCUUGUCCAGUUCUUCUCCUCCCAGAGCAGUGGGUUCCUCCUCUGUACAAUGGGUUGAACCCCGUGUUCCCUGAGCAGUGCUGAGCAAGCUGGGUGUGCGCAGGACGGGGUGCUCAGGGUUUGUGCCCUGUGUCUUAUUGGGGAGCAGGCCCACGGAGGACAGGACAGGCCGAGUGGCUGGGGAUUGUUUCUGGGACACCCACGAGCUCAGAGCCUCUCCUAAGUGACCCUCCCACCAGUGGGGUUAUUAAUAGUCGCCUAGCUCGGGUCGAGGGCCAAGAAUGUUACCCAGCAGCUCGUGGGGGAAGAGGAAGCCGCGGAGCCGGCGGCUGGGGUGGGUGCGGAGCGAUGCCCGCGGCGGCAUCAUGUGGGCCAGGCAGGAGGGCCUUCGCCACCCCUACUCCCACGCGGUCGUCCGCUGUCCCUCCUCCUCCUCCUCCUCCGUCUCCUGCUCAGGUGACUCAGAAGAGGAGGACAUGGGGCUGCUGGAGGUCAGUGUGACGGACAUCAAACCUCCGGCCCCGGAGCUGGGUCCCAUGCCAGAUGGCCUGAGCCCUCAGCAGGUGGUCCGGAGGCACAUCCUGGGCUCCAUCGUACAAAGUGAAGGCAGCUACGUGGAGUCGCUGAAGCGGAUACUCCAGGACUACCGCAACCCCCUGAUGGAGAUGGAGCCCAAGGUGCUGAGUGUCCGCAAGUGCCAGGUGGUGUUCUUCCGUGUGAAGGAGAUUUUGCACUGCCACUCCAUGUUCCAGAUCGCCCUGUCCUCCCGCGUGGCCGAGUGGGACUCGACAGAGAAGAUUGGGGACCUCUUUGUGGCCUCGUUCUCCAAGUGCAUGGUGCUGGACGUGUACAGCGACUACGUAAACAACUUCACCAACGCCAUGUCCAUCAUCAAGAAGGCCUGUCUCACCAAGCCGUCUUUCCUGGAGUUCCUCAAGCGGCGGCAGGUGUGCAGCCCCGACCGCGUCACCCUGUACGGGUUGAUGGUGAAGCCCAUCCAGCGGUUUCCACAGUUCAUCCUCCUGCUCCAGGACAUGCUGAAGAACACCCCCAGGGGCCACCCCGACAGGCUGUCCUUGCAGCUGGCCCUCACGGAGCUGGAGACGCUGGCCGAGAAGCUGAAUGAGCAAAAGCGGCUGGCCGACCAGGUGGCCGAGAUCCAGCAGCUAACGAAGAGCGUCAGCGACCGCAGCAGCCUCAACAAGCUGUUGACUUCUGGCCAGCGGCAGCUGCUCCUGUGUGAGACGCUGACGGAGACAGUGUAUGGUGACCGUGGGCAGCUGAUCAAGUCCAAGGAGCGCAGAGUCUUCCUGCUCAACGACAUGCUGGUCUGUGCCAACAUCAACUUCAAGGGCCAGCUGGAGAUCAGCAGCCUGGUGCCCUUGGGCCCCAAGUACGUGGUAAAGUGGAACACAGCGCUGCCCCAGGUACAGGUGGUGGAGGUGGGCCAGGACGGCGGUGCCUACGACAAGGACAACGUGCUCAUCCAGCACUCGGGCGCCAAGAAGGCCUCCGCCUCAGGCCAGGCCCAGAACAAGGUGUACCUGGGUCCCCCGCGCCUCUUCCAGGAGCUGCAGGACCUGCAGAAGGACCUGGCCGUGGUGGAGCAGAUAACGUUGCUGGUCAGCACGCUGCAUGGCACCUACCAGAACCUGAACAUGACGGUGGCUCAGGACUGGUGCCUGGCGCUGCAGAGGCUGCUGCGGGUGAAGGAGGAGGAGAUCCACUCGGCCAACAAGUGCCGCCUCCGACUGCUGCUUCCCGGGAAGCCCGACAAGUCUGGCCGCCCCAUCAGCUUCAUGGUGGUCUUCAUCACCCCCAACCCCCUGAGCAAGAUUUCCUGGGUCAACAGGCUGCAUUUGGCCAAGAUUGGACUCCGGGAGGAGAACCAGCCAGGCUGGCUGUGUCCGGACGAGGACAGGAAGAGCAAAGCCCCAUUCUGGUGCCCGAUCCUGGCCUGCUGCGUCCCUGCCUUCUCCUCCCGGGCCCUCAACCUGCAGCUUGGGGCCCUGGUCCACAGUCCUGUCAACUGUCCCUUGCUGGGCUUCUCCGCAGUGAGCACGUCCCUUCCACAGGGCUACCUCUGGGUCGGGGGAGGACAGGAGGGUGCAGGGGGCCAGGUGGAGAUCUUCUCCCUGAACCGGCCCUCCCCGCGCACCGUCAAGUCCUUCCCGCUGGCGGCCGCCGUGCUCUGCAUGGAGUACAUUCCGGAGCCGGAGGAGGACCCAGAGGGCGGAGAUGAGAGCCAAGUGGCUGCUGACCCCACUGCAGGGACGGUGCAUCCCACCAUCUGCCUCGGGCUCCAGGAUGGCAGCAUCCUGCUCUACGGCAGCGUGGACACUGGCACCCAGUGCCUGGCGACGUGUCGGAGCCCAGGCCUGCAGCCCGUGCUGUGUCUGCGGCACAGCCCUUCCCAUCUGCUCGCCGGCCUGCAGGACGGGACCCUGGCCGCCUACCCUCGGACCAGUGGUGCAGUCCCGUGGGACCUGGAGAGCCCGCCUGUGUGCCUGACUGUGGGGCCGGGGCCCAUCCGCACUCUGCUGAGCCUGGAGGACGCUGUGUGGGCCAGCUGCGGGUCUCGGGUCACUGUCCUGGAUGCCACCAGCUUGCGGACUCAGCAAAGCUUCGAGGCGCACCAGGACGAGGCGGUGAGCGUGACGCACAUGGUGAAGGCAGGCAGCGGCGUGUGGAUGGCCUUCUCCUCCGGCUCCUCCAUCCGCCUGUUCCAUACUGAGACCCUGGAGCACCUGCAGGAGAUCAACAUCGCCACCAGGACCACCUUCCUGCUGCCGGGCCAGAAGCACUUGUGUGUCACCAGCCUCCUGAUCUGCCAGGGUCUGCUCUGGGUGGGCACUGACCAGGGUGUCAUCGUCCUGCUGCCUGUGCCCCGGCUGGAGGGCAUCCCCAAAAUCACAGGUAAAGGCAUGGUCUCCCUCAAUGGCCACUGCGGGCCUGUGGCCUUCCUGGCUGUGGCAACCAGCAUCCUGGCCCCCGACAUCCUGCGCAGCGACCACGAGGAGGCGGAGGGACCGCGGGCCGAGGAGGACAAGCUGGACGGGCAGGCCCAGGAGCCGGCGCCCGUGCCUGACAGCCACGUGGGCCGGGAGCUGACCCGCAAGAAGGGAAUCCUGCUGCAGUAUCGCCUGCGCUCCACAGCCCACCUGCCCGGCCCGCUGCUGUCCAUGAGGGAGCCCUCACCCGCCGACAGCUCGGCCCUGGAGCACAGCGAGGAGGACGGCUCCAUCUACGAGAUGGCCGACGAUCCUGACGUCUGGGUGCGCAGCCGGCCCUGUGCCCGAGAUGCCCACCGCAAAGAGAUCUGCUCCGUGGCCAUCAUCUCCGGCGGGCAGGGCUACCGCAACUUCAGCAGUGGCCCGGGUGUCAGCGGGAGGCCGGCCCCAUGUGGGGAGACAGACAGCACCCUCCUCAUCUGGCAGGUGCCUUUGAUGCUAUAGCCCUGACCACCUGGAGGACGCAGCCGCAGCCAUCCUCCUGCAGCCAUGCCGGGCCCUGGUUCCAGCCCCACCAGGGAGCGCUGGGGGGAAGCGGCCCCGACCACCUGCACGGGGCUGUGCCACAGGCCUGGAUUCUCCAGAAACUGCCUCGACAGAGCUGAGGAUAACCUCAUCUUUUUAGAGAAAAAUUCAGUGUUUUAGUGCAGAUUUUUAGGGUGUGGGGCGAGAGGACACAUCUGGAGGAAAAGGCCUUUUUAAAAGCAAAAACCACAAAACCUCACAACUGCCUGGCGAGCCUGGUACCAUGGGAUGGGCCACACGGCCCUCCGGGAAGGGUGUGUGCGUGUGAGUGUCUGAGCGCGUGGGCUGGUGUGUGAAUAUAUAUAAAUACGUAUAUAUGGUGUAUAUUAUAUGUGUAUAAAUACAGUCUGUACAUAUUGGAGCUCUGGGAGAUGCUGGAAUAAAAGGCAAGUCAUAUGUUGGUA